GUCCAUGUCGGUCGUGACGCGUGAUAGCGAGGCAAGGCGGGCCCGCGUCACACCUUGCGCAUUUCAGGUGCGUAGGUAGACCGAGCAUAUAGUAUUUCGCGCAGAAGCCUGCGACUGGACUAUGGGUGUCAGUCUUGUCGAUGCACUCCACUAUGUGUGCUCCGAGGAUGUGUAGAUGUCAUGCAUCGUCAAUACCAUCUACAGAAUCACUUUGUGGCAUGCAACCGGAAGCACCAUUGAGGGACUGUGUUCCCGUCCUGCCAGUGGGCAUCGGUUCAUCAUGCUGGCUUCGUCAAAUGCAGCGGAGCCCCGGGCGCACAGGAUUGCCCGUUGGGCUUGUGGCAGGCCUAGACCAUGUCGUGCAUGGUCUGGGGUGGAACGACAAUAGUGCUGAUCGAAGCAGCCAUUCCUUCACUGUCAGUCCCAAUUAGGUGGGACGAAUACCGUUUUCUUAUCGUGUUAUAUAAACCCAAUCCCUUGCUCGUCCACACCCACCCCACGCUUCAGUCGCUCAUCCACCACACCAUGAAGAUACCUGCCGCACUCAUCGCAGCUACCGCUCUCGCGCUGGCGACGCCUGCCUUCGCAGGCCCCAUUGCCUACGGAAUUUGCCAGACAGGCUGUAACACGGUCGUUGUGGCAUGCUACGCUGCCGCCGGUGUGACAUUCGGAACCGUUAUCGCGGCUCCGGCUACGCCCGCCGUCAUUUUGGGUUGCAACGCUGCACUCGGCACCUGUUCCGCCGCUUGUGCAACCAUCGCGCUGUUCGCGCCUACCCCGUGACGCGUAGACGACUGGCAGUAUCGCAUCCGACUACAAUGACCUGUGUCACGUUCAGCCCAAUCGAUGUUUCUUGCUAUGUUCUGUAUUUGUAACACUGUCUUGUACUGCUUUCUAAACCGUGAUACAUGUGA